AUGUAUCUCCCCGCUGCCUCACCUUUAAACGGCAUCCGCCGAAUGGCGAGUCUGCAGCCUUCCCAGCUGUGCCUCGCUCUUGUCUCUCGCUGCUCCUCGCUGUCUUCCAGCCAGACCGCCGCAAUUGCUUCGAUGACAUCAAUGGAAAUAAACACAUCUUAUCCUGUCAUAUUUACCUUGUCUGGGAUUAAGGAUCUAUGGCCAAAACACCUUUUCAUUUUAAUCUUUCUCUUAAUUUAUCUUUUAAUCAUUCUUUUAAACCUUACAUUGAUCAUAACAAUUUUAAUAGAAAAGACACUGCAUGAGCCCAUGUAUUUUUUUCUGUGUAAUCUGUGUUUUAAUGGACUCUAUGGUACAACAGGGUUUUAUCCUAAAUUCAUUCAUGAUUUAUUUUCACCUGUACAGGUAAUCCCAUUUGUUGGAUGUAUUGCACAAGCUUAUGUCAUAUAUUCAUCUUUCAUGUGUGAAUAUACAACAUUGGCUAUAAUGGCUUAUGACAGAUAUAUUGCAAUAUGUCGACCUUUAGAGUAUCACAAUAUUAUGAUAACUCAGACGGUGGCAACAGCCAUUGUUUAUUCCUGGGUACUUCCUUUUUUUAUUUCACUGCCUUUCUCUGUCAUUCUCAAUCAACUGCCAAUGUGUGGGUCAGAGAUAAACAGAGUUUAUUGUUAUUUUUGGGCAAUGGUAAGAUUGUCAUGUGUCCCUACUACAACUCUCAAUGUAUAUGGGAAUUUUGUAAUAUGCGUAUUUGCAUUGCAUGCGGCUUUUGUAAUCGUUUCAUAUCAGCGACUUAUUGUUGCUUGCAGGCAAUCAAAUGAGAGCAAAAAAAGGUUCAUGCAGACAUGUGUGCCACAUUUGGUCUCACUGAUCAACUAUAGUAUAACUUUGCUUCUUGACAUAUUGUUAACUCGCUAUGGGUCAGAUGACUUUCCAAUAGGUGUACAUUAUUUUUUGCAGCUUGAAGUUCUUAUUGUUCCACCUCUCCUCAAUCCACUUAUGUAUGGCCUUAAACUUUCAAAGGUGCGAAAGAGGAUUUUUCAAAUGCAUAAAAGCAUAAGGUGA